CGGACGCCGCCCGCCCGCUGCCGACCGGCCGCCGCCCAUGCGAGCUGACCCCGCCGGCGCACCAUGAGUAAGGUGGAGCUGUUCGGCGUGCGCGUGACGCCGUCGCGCACGUCCAAGGCGCUGUGCGUGAUCACGGCCGGCGUGGCGUUUGUACUGGGUACGGUGCUGGGCGUACUGAUCCCGCUGUACGUGCUGCCGCCGCUCUACGGCUCGGCGGAGGUGGCGCCUGGCCGCGGCCCGGCGCCGCAGACGGUUGUGCAGGACUACGCCAGCGCGCGCGGCAACCUGGUGGAGGUGUUGACGCGGCGGCCGCCGGCCGAGACCCCGCCGCGCGCCGUCAUGCCGCCCAUGGACACCGUGCGAGACGCUGACGCGCCGUCGCAAGCGACGACGACGACACCGCUGCCUGAGCUGACAUUGUCGUCGUCGCCGACGCCGACGACCACGACGGACGAGCCGACCGCGCCGCCGCCGACGGAGGCGCCGGUGCCGGCCGCCGGAAACAAUACAGAUGACGAAGGUGUGGCCUCGUCCCGACUCACGGACGGCAUCUUCUGGAACGCAGCCGUGGAGGCGGCGCUACCGCGUGGCUUCAGCCAGCGUGACGUGGACGAGUGGCGCGAAUUCUGCCGCCACUCGGCGCUCGUCAAGGUGGAGGAGGGCUGCGGCCGCAUGCAGAACCGGCUGCUAACGUUCGAGAACGGCACGCAGUCGUGCUGCCGUUACCGGCAGAACUUCGACCAGAUCCAGGGCGAGAUCUUCAGCUUCCUGCUGAGCCGCGAGCUGGGCAUCGGCAACCUGCCGCCCACCUCGCUCAUGCUGGUCCAGCCGGGCGAGUGGCAGUGGUCGGCGGUGCGCGCGCAGCUCAACCUGGCCCAGUGGGCCGAGGACCGGCCGGUGGUGCUGACGCGGUUCCAGGAGCAGCUCGCGCCCGCCUACAUACCGGAGGUGCUGCGCAGCGCUGAGCGCCGCCUCCACCCGACCGACCUAGACCUGCGCGGCCUGGAGCUGGAGCAGCAUCGCGCCACGGUGCUGGAGCUGGCGCAGUGGUCCGACCUCAUCGUGUUCGACUAUCUCACCGCCAACCUCGACCGCAUCGUCAACAACCUGUACAACAUGCAGUGGAACCCGAGCAUGAUGGAGGCGCCUGCGCACAACCUGGUGCGCGACCCGGCCACCGGGCUGCUGCUCUUCCUGGACAACGAGUCGGGCCUGCUGCACGGCUACCGGCUGCUGGACAAGUACGAGCCGUACCACCGCACCAUGCUGGACGCCACGUGCGUGUUCCGGCGCCGCACGGUAGAGAAGAUCCGCCAGCUGCGCGACGCCGGCGACGUGGGCGCGCGACUGCGGCGUGCCUUCCGACAGCGCCACCCGGAGCUGCUGCACUUCUUGCCCACACUUCCCGAGAAGAGUAUCAAGAUCCUGAACGCGCGCAUCGACAACGUGUUCGAGGUGAUGGAGCGGUGCGAACGGACGUACGGUCGGUAGCGGCACCGCCGCGGCGCCGCCAGACAGUGCUUUAACGCCCUCGUGUGUCCGCGCAGUGUCCGCGCGGUGUCCGCAGUGUCCGCGCCUCGCUAUCGUGCAGCCGGCCCGCCCACCAGCCAUCUGACCAUUUUGUCGGCCGCUCGUCAUUUUGUCCCGUAAUUGAGCGCCGCUCGCGGCCCCGUGAUUACCUCGAGUGGAGACGACCGGUGCGCCGGCUGCUCUGCCAAUCACGGGUCGGGGACGGGGCCGCCGGCCAUCAGCUGACCACCUCACAAGCGCUCACGCUCUCUCGCGCGCCGCCGCUAACGCCGCGCGUGGGUCUGCCCGUGGCCCUCUCUCCUCGCCGUCGCUCUGGCCGCCGCUCUCUCCGCGGCGCAGGGAGCCGACCGGCCGCGCCUCUCCGCCCGGUCCGGUGGACCGGUGGCGGCGGCGGCCGGGGUACGCGCUAUUUGGAAGGGUCGCCGCCCGACCGGCCAGUGAUUUACGCUCUGCUCAAUCGUUACGGCGCGCCGGCAUUCCUCGGAGCGGAAAGAAUGCUCCCCGGAUGGAUUUGGGGACGGCGGCGAGUCGAUGCCGUGUGAUGGGACGCGGCGGUGCUGGCGGCCUCCUUGGUCGCGCUAAUGACCGGCCGGAGGUGGCCACUCGCCGCCAAACGGUUGCACUCUCAACGCGCCACGGUCGCCGCUUUAUUGGCCAUUCCGUCGGCCGCUCCCACCGGCAACUGAGUGCUCUCGUAAUUGCGCUAAUGCCGCCGUUAGAGUAAACAAAGCGGCAAGCAUUAAGACACACAACGAUUAAGAUGCAAUCGACCACUUUCGUUUCGGGCCUCCCCGAACUUCAUUAGUGCGGCACACUCUAUCAGCAGAUAAUCGUUUCGCGCCGCUUUCAGCGCGCUGCCGGCCGUUCUCUGUGAGCCGCGCCGCGCCCCGAACGUCGCCCGCGCGCCGCGAUUGAGCGCGGAGGGCUGGACGCACCGCAGCCCCGCAGUCGGACUCUGUUUUUCCGUGCCCCGUCCCCGCCCCCCGGCGCGAUCCAGCCCGCCGAUAGGGCCGGCUAACUCGGGGCUAAUCGCUCACGAUCGCCGACAGAUGCAGGCCGGAAUUUUAUCGCGCUGACCUUUGCUUUUGUGACAUUAAAAGGCGUAUUGAGCGGCGCGGCGCCGGCGGUGGGCCCGGCUGCAGGGCCGGAUUGUUGGACCGUUGUGCGUGUGAAUCACCAUAACAUUCGUCGCUCGUGGGCGGCGAUCAGCUGUGAUACAUUAUAACUCAUAUUGCCCAUAUUGUGCGUCGUCUGUAUCCCUGUUAUGACUAUACUGUGUCGCUCGUUAGCAGUCAUAUUUAACACACGGUGCCGCGCAUGUCCGCACAACGAGCGGCACCCGGGUCGACGCGCGGCGCGUCCAUGUGCGCGUCCUGCACGGGUCCGCGGCGCGCGGCCGGCUGCCGUGUUUGCCGUCGUGUUCGGUACCGGCUCGCGGAACCCGUUCAAACAGCCGAGCGAGUUUUUGUGCUAGUCUGAUUCAAUAGAAUGUAUGUGUGAAGUGUAAGUAUGCAUGCCGGCCGGGAGCGUGGGCGGCGGCCACCGGACCGGUGUGGACACAGUCGGCUGGCCGCGCCGCCUGCGCCGCCGCAGCCGGCCAGCACAAAUGUUAUUUCUACGUGUGUACAUAAUACAUGGCAAAGGAGA